GGCUAACUCCCUUGGAUGAGACGUCAGUCCAUUGCUGAGCAAACCUAUAGCAAACGCUGGUCCCCAGUGAUACUGGGUGGACAGCAGCAAUCUCGCCAAUUAUUGCGUAAUCAUGUCUGAUGCAGCAGUGGAACAGCGACGGGCUCUGAUCAAGAAGAAGAGAGAAAUUCGCAAAGAGACCCAGCUGUGCACAGCUGAGGAGCCUACCCUGACCCUGGAGCAGGAGAGCAUCAUUUGUGAGCUGCUGCAGGCCCAGAAAGAUCAUUUUGACCUCAGCUUCUCAGGCAGCAAGGCAUUCCGGCCCAUGAAUCGCAAAUCAGAGCACAUAUGCAGCUCCACACCUCUGAGCAGCCCCAAAGAUGAGUCCCAGGACAAGGGAGUGACCACCUCCCUUAACCAACUCAGUUGCCCGUGUUUAGGAGACAAGGAAGACCAAAUGCAAUACAGGAGCAAACCCACUGUCUUCUCCAUGCUACCUCAUAUAGCUGACCUGUCCACCUACAUGAUCCAGCAGAUAAUUAAUUUUGCCAAAGUUCUCAGCUUUUUUAAGGGACUCAUGAUUGAAGACCAGAUUUCUUUGCUGAAAGGAGCCACGUUCGAAAUUUGCCAGAUCCGUUUUAACAUGCUUUUCAAUGAUAAGAAAGGGACCUGGGAAUGUGGCCCCCUCACCUACCACAUGGAUGAUGCAGCCCAUGCUGGGUUCCAGCAACACCUCUUGGACCCCCUGCAGAAGUUCCACUACACCCUGCGCAGCCUAAAGCUCCACGAUGUAGAGUACGUGCUUAUGCAGGCCAUCUCCCUCUUCUCCCCAGAUCGUCCUGGUAUUACACACCAUGAAAUCAUUGACAAGUAUCAGGAGAUGUUCGCUAUGAUUUUAAAGAGUUACAUUAACACUAAGAGGUCUUCUUCAGAUCACAGCCUGUUGUUCCCAAAGAUAAUUGCCUGUCUGACGGAGCUGCGUACAAUGAAUGAAGAGUACACCAGGCAGGUGCUGCAGAUCCAGGACAUCCAGCCAGACGUCACACCUCUCAUGAUGGAGGUGUUUAGCAACAAUCCUGAGUGAAGCUACUGUAUGUAGCACUUCACAGGAGACCCUCAAGAUGAGAAGGUGUUAAAGCUCAACACUGAUGAAAAGAGUGGGCAUACUUAGGGGCUCCUUCUGGAGCAUCUCUAAAUCACUGCUCAUGUCCUAUCCUUAUGCCACAAAGUUUACAACUCCCCUAAAUCACCACUCCACAUGCGAUCUGCCUUUUUCCUUUGAAAGCACAAAGGGUCCAAGCAAGAAAAAGAAAAGAAGAGUGGGUUUGUCCCAGAGCUCUGCUGCUUUGUGCACAAUAUAAAGAAAUAUGUUUUUUGCCAUGUACUACUAUUUAUUUUCUUGAACAGUUCUUCCUGAAGAGGUUGAAAUCUCCUUAAAAUUAAUUUCCCUGCCAGUUCAACAAACAUUAUGUGUGAAUUAUGAUGAAUGUCCAUUUUUAAGACACCAGAGGACUGGGGCUUAUCUUUCUUUUCACAGUGAGGAAUUAAUAAAGCUCCUUAGUCUUCUCUCAAGGUGGCAGGGGCCCAGACAAUUGGCAUGAGUCACAGAAGCGAGCCUCCUGAAGCUGAGGGAGUGUUGAGGUGUUUCCACACCUCAAAGGCCUCUUCACAGAACAAAGCAGGCAACUUGUGUGGCAGUCUUGCUCUACUACAGUAUGUGUUUUUUUGUUGUUUUUGUAAAUUGGCCCAGUUUAGUCAUGGGCUGGCAUAAGACUGACAUUUUAUGUUCCCUUAUAUUUAACAGACCUUUUUAAAAAUGAAUAUAUUUUAGUUAAGGUUGAUUCUACACUGAAGAGUAAAAGCAGAAAAACACACAUUGUGACACCUGAGUAGGUGCUGAAAAGUUUUCUUUCUACUUUUAUUGUUUUAGUGUCCACAUAUGCACAAGGAAAAUAUAUACACAUUCUAUAAGAAAAUUCAGAUUCUUUUGAAGAGUCAUUUUUACAAAUAUAUUCUACAAAUUAUUGAUAUGGACAUGUGGUAUUCCACCACAGGCUUGGAAAUGGUGAGCCUUGCCUUGGAGUUCAUGGCCUCCUCACUGAAGUGUUCCUUGCAUUAUUGAUGUGUAGGCAGAUUUCAGGUUUUGUGUUUAUCUGUCAAAAAGUGAAUCAGGGCUCCUGUGUAAUUAAUAAAUUAAUAGAUAGAAUGCGGUGACUCCCCCUCUGACAUUCAGCUUACGGACUGAUUGGCCAUAAAAUUGUGGUGUUUCUCUUUCCUCUUGUUCUUCUGCACAGACAAGAAUCAGUCCAACUCAGGCAGUCAUCACAAACAGGGUAGAUGCUGGCAGUAACAUUGGGCCAUUGCACUAUUACAUUUUUUUCUUUUUUAUAUUAUAUGUUAAUAAAUAUAUGUAUUUUAAAAGUACAUGAGCAGGUGGUGAUGGUUUCCAUAUGUUCUAUGGACCAUGUCAAAAAGCAGUGCACGCAUAAUACCAUAUAAAGUACUAUAAAAAUGCAAAUGGAAGCGAUAUUAGGAAGUUCCUAAGUAAUUGAAUAUGCAUUAACCUGCAGUAUGUUCAAAAGUUCCCUCCCCAAAAAAGAACACAAUCUGAUGGUGUAUAGCAUGGUGAUGUCCUUCUAAAAUGUGUGCCUGUGAAGGCCACUGGCUGUUUUACACACUGUGAGCUCCGCAGUGCCUUAUAGGAGAAACAGCCUCAAGAGGAGGCCACCUCUGACUCAAUGAAAGCAGUGCCAGCUCACCAUGGUGUGACCUCUCUGGCUUACGUCCACCACACCCUGCUCAUACUUUGCCAGCUGUGCCAGCUGAUGACACAGCCCAAGCUCACACUGGGAGGGUCUGGACUACAGGACUCAACUCCAGAUGACUGUACACCUACAGUAUACUAGCUGAGUCACUGCAGAACCUUCAUUACAUGUACAGUCAUGCUUGAAAGUCUGUGAACCCUUCAAGGUGGUCAUUAUUUUAGAUAUUAUAGAGAUAUUAUAUGAACCUGAACUUUUAAUGAAUAUAUAGAAUUAAUAUCCUAAAUAAAGACUUCCCACGCAUAAAAAGGGAUUUGAACACAGAUUAUUAGACUGUGAUAUUUAAGAAAUCACCAGAUAUUCUUGUGUGCAAAAGUAAAUGAAGUUGUGGUACCUCCUUUAGCAGCAAUAACUUCACACAGUUGCCUCCUAUAACCAAUUAUCAGUCUCUUGCUGGAGGGAUUUUUUUCCCACUCCUCUUUACAAAACUCCAUCAGCACCAGCUUUACAAAACACCACCAGAGGUUUGAACAGCCCUCUUCAGGUCCUGCCACAGCAUUUCAAUAAGAUUCAGGGCUUUGGCUUGGCCAUUCCAGGAAAACAGAACCUCUUCUUCCUAAGCCAUUCUUUAGUGGACUUGAAUGUUUAGGAUCGUUGUUUUGUUGAAACAUCAACUUUCUGCCCAGCUUGAGUUUUUGAACUGAUGGCCUGACAUUCUUCUCAAGGAUUCAUUGAUAUUUCUCAAUGAUAUCAAGUUGCCCAGGGCCAGAGCCCCAUACAAGGACAUUCCCACCACCAUGCUUGACAGGAUCAAUUUUGGACUCAUCUGUCCAGAGAACAGACUUCCAGAACUCUUCACGCUUGUUCAGGUGGUUUCUGGCAAACUUCAGACAAGCAGUUUUGUUCUUUUUUGACAGAAGAAGCUUCAUCCUGGCGACCCUUCCAUAGAUGGCAUUUCUGUUUAGGGUUCUUCUUAUUGUUGAUCUAUGCACCACUACUCCAGAAGCAGCUAGGGAGGCUUGUAGCUCUCUGGAUGUUAUUAUAGGAUGACCUUUUACCUCUUUUAUUAUUCUCCUUGUUGUCCUGGGUGAAAAUUUAGGUAGACAUCCACUUCUUGGCAGGGUUGCCAUUGUUUUAAAUGCCCUCCACUUGUAUACUCUUUGCCCAACAGUGGAUUUGUGGAGUCCAAAUCUGAGGAAAUCUUUCUGCUGAUGUUUCCUUAGUUCGAGGCAUGAUGCUAGACUCGUAGAAAGAGUAACUGACCUGCUUUCUCGCAAUUAUUUAUGUUAGCUCCUCCCUAAUUCUGAUUAAAUAUGCAUUUUGUGUUUAAAAAAACAAUAAAUCUCAAAUUAUGCAAUGGGUUCACAAACUUUCAAACAUGACUGUAAUUACACGUAAUUUCAUCCCUUCAGUGCAAUUUCAGUGCAAUGCCAUGCAACCCUUGUCAUAUGCAAGCUUUGCUUCCAAAUUAGAGAAGGAAUAAUGAAUGGAUAUAUUUGCAGAGAUGAAAUUGCUCAGUCAAGUAGGUAAUGUUUGGAGUGACCCUACUGUGGGGUGCUCAUUACAGUCUGGUUUUCAGAAUAUCAGGGACAUGCCUUAAACUUAUGAACAUUGUGUGUUUUAAAUGUGUUUAAAAUAAAGAGUUUUACAUUUUUAUAUGGAAAAAUCCAGGCAUAAUAUUGAAGUUAUGCAAAAGGUUGUUUUGAUAUGUGUAACUUACUGUAAGGAUAAGGUAAGGUUUAGAGUGUUGUCUUUCUACAAUGUUGCUGAUGUAAACCAAUCAUAGUAAAGCAGAUCUAACCAACAUCUCUGCCACAUGGACAUUAUGUGUUAAAAUUAAAACAUCAACUGUUGGAGGCCCACAGGGCCUUCAGGUUUUUUUAAACAAUACCAGCACAGAAUGAGGUGAAGAUUUCCAGAGAGCUAUUCUGGCUGCCUUACCCUCAGGAUACAUGGCUGAAGAUUCCUGCUGCAAACAAGUGCUGUCUGAGAGCGUCCUGAAUAGUAAGUGGGGCCGAGUUCUCUGUUGUUUGGGUGUGAAGCCACAGAAAAAAACAGGUUGAGUUUCAGUAUUGGCCCAUUUAAUAUGAGCAGGAUCAAUACACCUGUUCAGACACCUGUCUGAGAGGAAAAACUGUGGAUAUUUCUGUAGAUAUUAAAUUCAAUAAAGAGAAUAUUGUACAUAUUGUAUUGUAAGUGAAUUUAAUGCAAGUCAUUUUAUUGUUACUUUGCUUUAAUCUUUGUUGAUUACUUUUGAUUAAGCAUUCUUUCAUGUACCGUUAUUGUCUAAAUGUUAAACUGGUUAAACAUUUUUGUAUUUAUUUGAACUUCUGUAUGUAUUUAAAAGGUUUUCAAGACGUCCCUGCUGUCUGUAUGAUGUAAAUGAUGUAAUGCCCAUUUCUGUCUGUGUUUUGAUUUUAUACUUACUGUGAUUAUAGUAACCAGACAUCAGACAACUCAUCAACUGGGUAUAGGCAACCAAUGGCUUUAUCAGGGAGAUUAACAUUUACUUUGAAACUUCAUUAAGCUUGGCAAAAAGAGUACAGUGGGCUAAAAGCUAAACACCUAAGAAAAUUGGGGCAUUGAAAUGUAGAGUUGCAUCUAGUUGCAUCUAAUCACCUAAUCUAGGCAUUCAAAUUCAUUUAAUUACUUUGCUAGGUCAAUGUUUAAAUAUUGUAUUUUUAUUGUUUAUAGUUCAGGAUUAAGCGGUGACAAUCCAUUACAGAGUUAAAAAAGAUAUGUGCAUAGAUACAUGGUUAAUUUUAUUUAUUUUUGUAAAUGUAAGUAACUCAGGUCAACACAUCCUUCAGUUUUAUGCUUUUGGAUCUGUAUUUAAUAUAAAAAGAAAAUGGGCUACAUGCACUGUUAAAUCUUUAACAUGUUGCUAUGAUACAGUAAUUCCAAGGUUGAAUGUUAUCUUGAAAUAAAAAGGAAACAAAGAGGUUUUUUUGUGUUAUGAAGCUUUAUCUUUAAGAAUAGACAGUGACGAACUUGCAGUUGAGAACAAAUUGAUCUUGAAAUAUCCCUUUGACACAGAUAAACCCCUUUAAAACUUUCUUGUUAAUAAGCAUUCUCUGUCAUCAGCAGAAAUGAUACCCAACAAUGUUUAAUACUUUAAUGCACGAAGGGUUUUAAAACCACAAGAUGGUUUUACAUCUUAAUCUCAAACUUUUUACAUUAAGCAAAACUGGCAAGACUGAACUCAGGAACAGUGGAGGGGCAACAUUGUGUAGUGCAAUUUCACAAUAUUGUUUAGACAAUUUAAGUUUAAAUAUAUUUUACCAUGUCUGUGACCAAGUACAGUUAGGUGUUUUUAUGUGUUAAUGUUGACUAUGCUAUUUGUGAAUUUCUGAGUAAAUUUGUGAUUGUGGUAGGGGCAGGGUUUUAACUGAUGAAAACAGAAAGGAGAAAUAGUUAUGUGCAACCCACAUACAGCAUUACACAGGGCAUUUUAGAGAUCUCUCCCAUAUUAUCAACAGUCUGUUUUUAAUUGGCCCUUUCUUCCAAAAUAAUAUAUGAAUUGUAUCUGUCAUUAUUCCUCUGACCUCCCAGUUAGACUGCCAUAGACCUGUUCUGCUGUGUGCAUGUAUUGUUCUAAUUGAACUUGAAUGGGGUGUUGCCAGCUGUAACAUCUUAUUUUAUCAUCUUAGAAAUGGGAUUGACUUCAUAAGAGGAAUUAAAAACAAAUGUUACCACCUGUUUAUUCUUUUUGAUGUUUAAGGUAGUAUCGCAGAUGGAAAUUUGACAGACAUUUCUAAACAAAACUUGCUGGGGUAUUAAGAGUCAAAUUAAAAAAAUGGUUUGGUCUCUUAGUCCCUUCUUUUGUGAUGCUGCACUAUGUAACAAUACAAUGGUAAAAUAUGGCCUUCAAUGUAUCAUUUUCCAUUUCUUUGAAAGAGGAUUGAAAUUACUCUGUAAUGUUUACUAUACUGAGAAAGGGAUAAACUAAGAUCUAUUUUUCAGAUAUAUACUGUAUGUGUGAAUUCUACAUCUGAGAAGAGUGCAUUGAAGGCGCUCCUUCAUUUUCAACAAAGUGAUUAAACAAAUUCUUUUAAUUAAAA